GCUACGGGAGAGAGACCCGGAGGGAGACGAGAACCCACCGCAACGGCUCGAGGCAGCCCAGUAGCCGCCGCGAGUCCCGCAACUUACCAAAGGCCACGCACGAGCGCCGGCGGCCGGCGGGCGCGACUCCCACCCUGACCUGAGAAUUCAACCUCCGCCACGGCCGAGCCCGACGCCGGCGGGGUAGAUAGAGAGAGGGAGGGAUGGGCGUGGGAGGCAGCUUCUGGGACCUCCUGAAGCCCUACGCGCGGCACGAGGGCGCGGGGUACCUCCGCGGCCGCCGCGUCGCCGUCGACCUCUCCUUCUGGGUUGUCUCCCACAGCACCGCCAUCCGAGCGCGCUCGCCGCGGGCGAGGAAGCCGCACCUCCGGACUACCUUCUUCCGCACGCUCUCCCUGUUCGCAAAGAUGGGCGCAUUCCCCGUGUUCGUGGUGGACGGCGAGCCGUCGCCGCUCAAGUCGCAGGCCAGGGCUGCGCGCUUCUUCCGGGGCUCCGGGAUGGACCUGGCCGCAUUGCCGAGCACAGAGGCGGAGUCCAGCGCGGCUGCCGCACCGGUCAAAGGGAGGAAUGCUGCCUUCACGCGAUGCGUCGAGGAGUGCGUGGAACUGCUUGAAUACCUUGGAAUGCCUGUAUUGUGGGCAAAAGGUGAAGCUGAAGCCCUUUGCGCUCAGUUGAAUAAUGAAGGUCAUGUAGAUGCUUGCAUCACUGCAGAUAGUGAUGCUUUCCUCUUUGGAGCCAAGACUGUCAUUAAAGUCCUGAAAUCGAAUUGUAAGGAACCUUUUGAGUGCUACAACAUAGCAGACAUUGAGGCUGGCCUUGGAUUGAAGAGGAAACAAAUGGUAGCCAUGGCACUUCUUAUUGGUAGCGACCAUGAUUUGCAUGGGGUACCUGGUUUUGGUCUUGAAACUGCACUUCGGUUUGUGCAGUUAUUUGAUGAAGAUGAAAUUUUGGAUAAGUUACAUGAAAUUGGUAGAGGGGUGUAUCCAUUCCUAGAAGGAUUGGGCAAUCAACAUAUUGAUGAUCUCCCAUCAUCAUCCACAAAAAGCUCAAUUGUGAAAUUGCCGCACUGCUCACAUUGCGGUCACCCGGGCAGUAAGAAAAAUCAUAGCAAGGUUGGGUGCAAUUAUUGCUUGGUGGAUGCAUUAGAGAAUUGCAUGGAAAAACCAGCUGGAUUCAAAUGUGAAUGUCCUGGUUGUGAAAAGGCACGCGAUCUAAAGGAACAGAGAAAACAUGAAAAUUGGCAAAUCAAGGUCUGCAAAAGAAUCGCUGCUGAGACAAAUUUUCCUAAUGAGGAGAUCAUUAAAUUGUAUCUAAGUGAUAACAAUUUGGAUAAAGAAAAGGGUGUUCCCUUGCUAAGUUGGAAUAAACCUGAUGUUGAAGCUUUGGUUGACUUCUUAACUUACAAUCAAAAUUGGGAGCCAUCUUAUAUUCGACAAAGGAUGCUUCCUAUGUUAUCAACCAUAUAUUUACGUGAGGUGGCAUCAUCUCCAUCUACACCAUUGCUUCUUUAUGAUCAAUAUGAAUUCGAUUCGAUUCAGCGAAUUAAAAUAAGGUAUGGUCACCCUUAUUACUUGGUGAAAUGGAAGAGAGGUACUUGGGGUAUGAAAUCUAAUAUAUGUAGCAAGAAGCCAGUAACAGAGGGGGAGACAAGUAGUGAGGUAGUGGUGUUGGAUGAAGAUGACGAGGAGGAUACAGUGGAUUGUGAGUCUUCUGAGUUAUUAGAUGAGCCUGAUGUUCCACAAGUGCUUACUGAUGAUGGCUGCUGCUUUCUAUUGACUGAAGAAGACAUUCAACUUGUCAGUUCAGCAUUCCCUAAAGAAACGGCAAGGUUUCAGGAAGAACAGAGGCUGAAAGAAGCAAAAUCAAGAUCACGAAAAUCCGAAUCAAGCACAAGUAGCACAUUGGAAACACCUAAAGGUCCAAGGCCUAGUGGAGUCCAGCUUAGCAUCACAGAGUUCUACCGCUCCAAGAAAGGGCAGACCAUCGAAUCCGGGAAGAAGCCAGCUGGAGAAGGCCAAGCGGCGAAGGGAGGCUCAAGAAAAGCCUCAGACAGGGACCUCAACAAGAGCCUGCCAAAGUCUGUUCGACGCCGCCUCCUCUUCGACUGACGACUAGCCUGACUUUGGUCAGCAUUGUAAUCUUGCUGCCACUGUUGUAGAUGACCCAGAGUAUGCCUUAACAUAUCGACCGCUGUAGAUUCCGCGGCCCCUUUUGUACAGGAACAAGCAUCAUCUUUGUCCGAGGAAAUGAAACAAGUUUUAGUUCAGAUUGAUUAUCUGAACCUCAUCUUUUGUAGAUAAAGAUUGCCGCUGUUUUCCCA